AUGAAUUAACAAAUUUCAUGUGAUGAGUUUGAUAGCAAUCAUUCUACUAAGAGUUGGUAUAAUACAAAUAUUAAUGAAUUAGUGAGAGUAUUUCAGAUGAAUAAUUGGAUGAAGUAAUGCCAAGCCAAAAAACGAAUAAAAAGGUUUCCUACAAAGUGAAAGUCAAAACUGAAGUAAAUAAGUUAAUAAAUCCUGUUUAGAUUUGUAAAUAUUGGGCGAUAGAAGGAUAUUGUCCUUAUGGCUAAUAAGUAUUCUAUAAAAUAUAAAAUUAGUGUGCCUUUGCUCAUGGAAAAGAUGAAGUGAGAUAGAAAGUCCAUGUUCCCUCUAAUUACAAGACUAAAACUUGUAAAAAUUACACUUAAGAUGGGUAUCAAUAAUAAUUUACAUUAAAAGUUAUUGUUGUUAUGGAGAAAGAUGUCAAUUUAAACAUCCUGAGAAGAAAUCAAAUAAAUUACCAACCAUCCCUUACUAAAUCUUGUUAGCCAAUAUUAAUCUCUUGUUUGCUUCUAAAAGGUACAUAUACACACUUAUAAAAGUAAAUUAUAAAAAAGAAGUAAAGGAUUACCAAAAUUAAUUAAAAACACUAAUAAUCCUUAAUGA